AUGGAGAAACAGGAAAAGCGAGCUGUUAUCAAAUACCUUUACAAGAAAGGCUUUACACCCAAUGCCAUAUAUGAGGAUAUGUUAUCCACACUAGGGGAAGAUGCCCCGUCAUAUGCAACAGUGAAAAUAUGGGUGGCAGAGUUUAAACGUGGGCGACUGAGCACUGAUGAUGAACCCCGUCCUGGUCCACCUGUUGUGUCUUCAACACCUGAAACGGUACAGCGAGUCCUGGACAUAAUCAUGGACGACCGACGAGUGACACUGCGACAGAUAGCCAACUUAGUGGACAUCUCUCAGGAGCGAGUGCAUUUCAUUCUGAUAGAUAUUCUAGGAAUGCACAAGGUUUCUGCUCGAUGGGUCCCCAAACUGUUGACAGCUGAUCAGAAACGUCAAAGAGCGAAUCUCUCAAGGGAGAACCUCAAGCUUUUUGAAGGUGAUCCAGAUAACUUUCGCAAACGAUUUGUUACAAUGGACGAAACAUGGGUCCACCACUUUGAACCUGAAUCAAAACAACAGUCUAAACAGUGGAAACAUGUCACAUCUCCUACUCCAAAGAAAGAAAAGUCUGUGCCUUCAGCGGGGAAAGUCAUGGCAUCCGUGUUUUGGUAUUCUGAAGGUGUGAUCAUGGUGGACUGGCUUCCUAAAGGCCGUACUGUUACAGGGGCUUACUAUGUGGAACUUCCGAGACAGUUAAGAGAGAAAAUCAAAGUUACGCGACGUGGAAAGUUGACGAAAGGUGUGCUUUAUCAUCACGACAAUGCUCCAGCACACACAUCACCGAUAGCAAUGGCCAAAAUCCAUGAGUGUGGCUUUGAACUUCUCCAACAUCCACCUUAUUCACCUGAUUGGGCUCCGUCGGACUAUCAUCUGUUCCCACAGUUAAAAAGGCAUUUAGCUGGAACUCAUUUCCAGUCAGAUGAUGAUGUCAUUACAGCGGUCAACAACUUUUUGAGUGACCAAGAAGUUGACUUCUACAAAAGUGGCAUAAUGGCAUUGCAACAUCGCUGGCAGAAGUGUGUUGACCUUAAAGGGGACUAUGUCGAAAGAUAA